CGGCAAACCAAAUGCUACCGUGAACCUGAGCAAACCAACAGUUGCCGUGAGCGCCACAGAAAAGUCCAACUUCAAGCAGGGGGAUGUUCAGUCUCCAGUCAAGCCCAAUCGAGUGAUUCUUCCAAGUUCUCAGAAGGCAGACUUCCCUCCACCAAAACCCACACUUCAGCCGACACAAAGUCCUCUGAAGAGCUCUACUCAGGGAGCAGCCUCCACAUCAACUACACACAGCGGCUGUUCCUCCUCAGCAUCAGUACCACAGAGCCCCCUGAAGAACCAGAUCCCCUCCAGAGGUCUCAACACCUUCACUCCCCUUCAUGACAAACCUUCUUCUGGCUCGACAGCCCAUCAGGAGAAGCUGCCAGCUGGAACUCCUGGUGUGAAGUCUUUCCUGGAGCGCUUUGGGGAGAGAUGUCAGGAGCGUAUGCAUCAGACCACUCCUGCCAAAGUCCCCCUGCAGCCCCGAGCUCCUGUUGGACCUUCAACAGGCUCACCGAGCACCAAACUGCUCCAGGAGAGGCUCAUGGCUGCUCAGAGCGCCAGCACGGCUACGGCCGACCUCACCUUGCGGCAGAAACUGGAGAGAGAGUCUGAGCUAGCUCAGAUUCGCAGUCGCUUCCAGAAGGGAAACAACAUUUGGAAAAGCAAGACUGAAAAGGAAACGGAGACGGCCAUCAAGGAGCCUGACCAGCUAGUGGAGAGUUACGUCACGGCAGCGCAACCUCAGGAUGAAGUCAAAGCCCCGUCCAAUGAGGAGCCACAAUCCCCACAGCGCACCUCUCCAGCAGGUCCUGCUUUGAUGGUCAGCCCCCCAGCCUCAACAUCCAGCCCCCUGAAACAAAUCAUCAACGCUGCAGAGAAGAAAGUUGAAGAGAAGAGUGAUGAAACUCCAAAAGAGGAGGAAGAGGAGGUGAUUACAGAGACGGAGAUGAACGUGGACCAGUCCAUCAACUCUGCAGUCAUCAACGACCUCUUUGAUGGCGUGUUGGAGCAGAGUGACGAUGAGGAGGAGGAGGAGGAAGAUCCUUUGAAUAUCUCCUCCAUGUCCCUCCUCAUCCCCCUGGCAGAGACGGUGGCAGCCGUGGUGAAGAGUCCGGAGAGUAAAGUCAUGACGUCCACGCCAGCCAACUCCUUCCUGGUGAAGAACAACCCCCCAGAGAACCCCUGCAGACCCAGCAAGUUCCAGAGAGGAGGAGCGAAACCAGCAACCUCCUCCAGCAGCACAGAGUCUUCAGAGGAAGACCUCAAACUGCCCUACAGCAUCGACGCCUACAGGUCCACCAGAGUGAAGGAGACGGAGCGGCCUCACCUGAAGCAGGUGAUCGUCAGGAAGGAGAAUGUCACCGAGAGCGCAGACGAGCCUCGGGGGUCCACUGCCUUCAGCGUCAGGCAGAAGAUGAAGAUUCUGACCAGUGAGGUGAACCUUCAGCAGACGGUGAUCCACCAGGCCAGCCAGGCCCUCAACUGCUGCACCGACGAGGAGCACGGCAAAGGAUCGCAGGUGGAGGCCGAAGCAGAGAGGCUGCUGCUGGUCGCCACGGAGAAGAGGGAGGCCUUAAAGUCAGAGCUGGAGCGUCUGAAAGCAGAUCCAACAGGACAGAAGAAAGCUCCAGAACAGGGCGCCGCGUCCGCCUCCAAGGGCGCCAUCACCCUCCAGGAGCUGCGGCUCCCCCUAAAGGCCGACUUUGUUUGCUCCACUGCUAACAGACCAGAGUCCAAAAAACACUCCUUCUUCAUCCUGAUCCGUGCUGGGGCGGAAGACACCGUGGCCACUCCUCUGGCCAGCACGCACCGCGGCCUCAGUGGAGACACGCUCACCUUCCCCACCAAGUUCAGCAUAUCCGACGUCAGCAGCGACUUUCAAAUCCAGCUGCAGGUUUACUGUCUGGUGCAGAAUCACGAGGUCUGCAGUGAUAAGAAGAAGAAACCCAACAAGUCUAAGAUGAUGUGGAGGCAGGUUCAUGAGGCCCACAGGUUGUGUUUGUCGGCCAUCACUCCAAAGAGGUUCCUCGCCAUCACGAAAAGCGCAAACACACCAGUCAUGGCGAGUCCAGGAGGCCCCAACGCGGUUCGCACCAGCAACUUUGUCCUGGUGGGAUCGCACACGCUCACCCUGUCCUCCAUCGGGAAAAACAAGUUUCCUCUUGAGAAGGUUCCCUUCCUGUGCCCCCUGGAGGGCCACAUCUACCUGAAGCUGCAGUGUGAAGUGGGCUCCAAGGUGGAGGAGAGGGGCUUCCUGACAAUGUUUGAAGACGUGAGCGGGUUCGGCGCCUGGCACAGGAGGUGGUGUGUCCUGUCGGGGUACUGCAUCUCCUACUGGACGUACCCGGACGACGAAAAGAGAAAGAACCCCAUUGGCCGCAUCAACCUGACCAGCUGCACCAGCAAGAGGGUGGAACCGGUCAACCGGGAGUUCUGUGCCCGGCCCAACACCUUUGAGCUGGUCACAGCACGGCCGCAGAGAGAGGGCGACAGGGAGACGCUCGUCAGUCAGUGCACGGACGCGCUGUGCGUCACCACAAACUGGCUGAGUGCCGACACCAAGGAGGAGAGGAAUCAGUGGAUGAAGAAGCUGAACCACAUCCUGCUGGACCUGCGCACGUGGCAGCCGGACGCCUGCAGCGGGCCGCUGUGACUGCCGUGUUUAGGAGUGUCGACAGUUUCCGAGUGCAAUACAUAGAAAACAAACUUUGAAUAAUGGCUCCGGGAGUCACAAGGGAGAAAAAAAGCCAUAAGACAUUUCGGAGGAGCAGAGCUUUGGCACUUUUACACACAGAAGCUUGGUUUGCUUGUGCUCACACUGCUUUUUUAUUCAAACGCUAAUAUUAUGUUUUAAGUAUGAGACGUGGUUCAAAUAUUGUUGAAUUAAUCUUAAACUUUUUUUGUCUCCUGCAAGACUAAAACAGCAGGAAGGAGACUUUCUAUUUUAUAUUUUAGCUGUUACAGCUUACGAUGGUCGGAUUUGAGCAGAGGCUUCUGCUUGUCCAACACUGCGUUGUAUCUGCUUUACUCAUGUCUUUAUAUGUUUUAUUGAGAUGUUGUGCAUGGUUUGUGUGUUUCCUGCAACAGUACAGUGGAUGAGCAGACUUUCCGACUACAGAAACUGCUCAGAUGAUUGUUCGAGUCUAAUUCAGGAACAGACUGCAGGGUUUUGAGGAUAAAAGACUGAGCUUUUUUCACCAUGUUGAGAAUCAAUACAGUUCUUAAAAAAUUAAA